UCGGUGCUCAGCUUUAGAAUUAUAAUUGUUGCAAUUCAAAAGUUCAUUGUUUAAAUCACUUAGAUUUUACUUUACAAGUUCAAAAUGAGCAACGGAAAACCACCAUUUAAAGUCGCCGAUAUGAAUCUGGCCGAAUGGGGCCGCAAGGAAAUCACCCUGGCCGAAAACGAAAUGCCCGGUCUAAUGAGCUUGCGAAAGCUCUACGAGCACAACAAAAUCCUGAAAGGGGCCAAGAUAGCGGGGUGCCUGCACAUGACCGUGCAAACAGCCGUACUGAUAGAAACUCUCGUAGAAUUAGGAGCAGAGGUGCAAUGGUCGAGCUGCAACAUAUUCAGUACGCAAGACCACGCAGCCGCCGCCAUAGCCAAGCGAGGCGUGCCGGUAUACGCCUGGAAAGGGGAAACCGACGAGGAAUACUUGUGGUGCAUCGAACAAACCCUGCUCUUCCCCGACGGCAAACCCUUCAAUCUAAUCCUAGACGACGGCGGCGAUCUAACCAAUCUAGUGCACACCAAAUACCCGCAAUACCUGCAAGAAUGCCGGGGCGUCAGCGAGGAAACCACCACGGGCGUGCACAAUUUGUACAAAAUGUUCAAAGACGGUACCCUCAAAGUACCCGCCAUUAACGUUAACGAUUCCGUAACUAAAAGUAAAUUCGAUAACUUGUACGGGUGCAGGGAAUCCCUAAUCGACGGUAUCAAACGAGCCACCGAUGUCAUGCUCGCCGGUAAAGUGUGCGUUGUAGCCGGUUACGGAGACGUCGGUAAAGGCUGCGCCCAAUCGCUCAGAGCCUUCGGCGGGAGAGUGUUAAUAACAGAAAUAGAUCCCAUCAACGCCUUACAAGCAGCAAUGGAAGGUUACGAGGUGACAACGAUGGAGGAGGCCUCCAAAGAAGGCCAAGUCUUCGUAACGACCACCGGCUGCAAGGACAUCAUCAAAGGCCAGCAUUUCCUGAACAUGCGCGACGACAGCAUCGUGUGCAACAUCGGCCACUUCGACUGCGAAAUCGACGUGGCCUGGUUGGAGAAGAACGCCAAGGAGAAGGUGGUGAUCAAGCCGCAGGUCGAUCGCUAUCUGCUCACCACCGGCAACCACGUCAUCGUGUUGGCCGAAGGGCGAUUGGUGAAUUUGGGCUGCGCCACGGGGCAUUCGUCGUUCGUCAUGUCGAAUUCGUUCACGAACCAGGUGCUGGCGCAGAUCGAGCUGUGGACGAAGCCCGGCCAGUACGCGAUCGGCGUGCAUAUGCUGCCCAAACACCUUGACGAGGAGGUGGCCAGGUUGCAUUUGAAGCAUUUGGGCGUGAAGUUGACGAAGCUGUCGGCCGAGCAGUCGGAGUAUAUCGGGGUGCCGAUCGACGGGCCGUACAAGCCCGAUCACUACAGAUACUAGCCGAUUAGUUUUUUU